UGACAUAAAGUAUUGCGUGUUACUGUGUUUCAAACCUUUUUACGUAAUCGAUUGGCUUUCGUUGACUUUUCGUCUCGCGGCGCUAACGAAUAGGUUAGGAGGUGAAGUAUAAACACAACACGGACCGCCGUUUCUCGCGUUUACAGUCGAGCGAUAUAUUAUGGACAGUCAAGUGACCGGCGACGGCAGAUUGCUCGACUUGAUCGACAAGGAGUGGCGCAAGGACAAGCUGCCCAUCGACGACAUCCUCGUGCCGGUGAACGAGCUGCCCGAUCCCGAGAGCGACAACGGCGACUGCUACAUGACCCUGAAAGAGAUCGAGCAGAAGUGGAACAAUCUCGCGCUCGGCACCCUCAGCGAAACGCAUCUGAGCUCGCCGACCCCGUCGCACAGUUAAUUGCAAUUCGCCUCACAAAAGC